CUUAAGAAUUUCAUGCGGCGAGGUGGGUCCAUGCGAGGAGUGGAAACAAAAUCAAAAUUCUUUGUCUUUCAUUCGUAGGGUUUGAAACGCUCUUUGCGAUAAUAAACUACAUUUGGGGAUUUCCCCCCGCAUUGAAGCAAAACCUACUUCUCCAUUGUUGCAGUUUUCGAAUUACAAUGGCGCCUCCUACAAAAUCCGUGGAAAGCGAGGAGUGGGGAACUCCAACAAACAACCUCUGGGUUGGAAAUCUGCCGCCGGAUGUCGCCGAUUCCGAUCUCAUGGAACUAUUCACUCCGUACGGUUCUCUCGACGCACUAAUUUCCUAUUCCCCACGCACCUUCGCUUUCGUGUUGUUCGGACGCGUCGAAGAAGCCAAGGCGGCGAAAACAAAUUUACAAGGCGCGUCGCUGCGCGGCUUUCAAAUCAGAAUCGAAUUUGCAAUACCGGCAAGACCGUGUAAACAGCUAUGGGUGGGUGGUGUUAGCCACAACGUAGCGAUGGAGGAUUUGGAAGCGGAGUUUCGUAAAUUCGGUAAGAUUGAGGAUUUCAAGUUCUUCAGAGACCGUCGUACUGCGUGUGUUGAGUUUCUCAAUUUGGAUGAUGCUACGCGGGCCAUGAAAGUCAUGAACGGGAAGCGAUUAGGUGGUAGCCAUAUUUGUGUGGACUUCCUUAGGUCACAAUCUAUGAAUAGGGAUUUUAUGGUUGACCAAGUGCAGUUUCAGGCUAGACCACAGCAUUUACAACCUUCAAUGGGGAGGAAUAGUCCACCCAGUAACAUUUUGUGGAUAGGUUUUCCUCCUUCGUUUCAAAUUGAUGAACAAAUGCUCCACAAUGCCAUGAUUUUGUUUGGUGAAAUUGAGAGAAUCAAGAGUUUUCCUUCUCGACAUUAUUCGUUUGUUGAGUUUAGAAGCAUUGAUGAAGCUCGCCGUGCCAAAGAGGGCCUUCAGGGACGGCUUUUUAAUGAUCCUAGAAUAACGAUUAUGUAUUCAAGCAGUGAUACAACACCUGGCAAAGAUUACCCUGGAUUUUACCCUGGAAGUAAAGGGCCUUUACCCGAUGGAUUAAUGAACGAGCUUCCAUUUAGACCACCACAAUCGGAUGUAUUUGGUCAAAAUCGUCCUAUUGUUCCAAAUAAUUUUCCAGGGCAAUUGCCACCUGGUGGUAUAAGUGGACCUACUGUCUCGAUGCGACCUUUUGUUCCCCAAGGUCUUGAUCCUCUUAGCAAUGGUCCUGAUUUUAAUGAGAUGAACACACUUCACAAAUUUCAAGACGGUAGCUCGAAAAUGGGUCCAAGCUGGAAAAGGCCAUCUCCUCCUGCCCCUGGUAUGCUUUCUUCUCCUAUGCCUGGUAUUAGGCCCAGCUCCGGUCCAUGGGAUGUACUUGACACAAACCAAUUUUCAAGAGAUUCUAAACGUUCAAGGAUAGAUGAUGCUUUGCUAAUUGGUGAUGCUUCAUUUCCUUUAAGAAAUAAUGAUGACCGUGGAUUAAGAUUAGAACAACCAUUUGCAAUCGAUCCAAUUAUUGAUGGAGGUGGUUCUGGUCCAAAGGGUCACCUUGGUCCAGUUGGCACUAGGAUCACUUCUGGAGUUCCUGGUUCUGUCCAACCUGAUAUUGAUCAUAUAUGGCGUGGAGUUAUUGCGAAAGGGGGAACUCCUGUUUGUCGUGCUAGAUGUGUGCCUAUUGGAAAAGGGAUAGGCACUGAGAUUCCUGAUGUUGUAGAUUGUGCUGCUAGAACUGGAUUGGAUAUGUUAACGAAACACUAUACUGAUGCAAUUGGCUUUGAAAUUGUUUUCUUUCUCCCUGAUAGCGAAGAGGAUUUUGCUUCAUACACUGAAUUCCUUCGUUACCUUAAAGCAAAAAACCGUGCUGGUGUUGCCAAGUUUAUUGAUAAUACCACCUUAUUUUUGGUACCUCCUUCUGAUUUCUUGACCAAGGUUUUGAAAGUCACGGGACCUGAACGAUUAUACGGUGUGGUUCUUAAGUUUCCACCAGUUCCAAGUAGCACAUCUAUGCAACAAGCAAUGCAUUUUCCUUCGCCCUCUACUCAGUAUGUGCAACAGAUUCCCCCUUCACAACCAGAGUAUGCUUCAAUCUCUGUAAAGGAGCAACCAAUUUUACCAAUGGAAUAUAAUAGAUUGUUGCACGAUGAUUCUAAGCAUCUGCCAAAACCACUUCAUCUUGCGACCAGUGUCACUCCUCCAGUUCAUUCUGUUCCAACUGAUUAUUCUUCUAGUUAUACAGCUUCUGCAUCCCAAGCGGGAGUUACAUUGACCCCUGAACUUAUUGCAACUUUAAGUUCGUUUCUCCCUUCAACUAUGCAAUCAUCAACAGCUGGUGGCACAACGACAGUGGUUGGUCCCUCUACUAUGAAGCCACCUUUUCCAUCUGUUGCAUCUAACGAUGGAAAUCAAUCUCAUUUGUGGAAACAAGAUCAGCAAACUACGGAUCCACCUAGUUAUCGUCCUCAACAGUUUGGGAGUAUUAAUAAUGCUCAAUAUCAUCCUUAUCCACCUGCAUCUUCUACUGGGCACCCUGCUCAAGUUGUCUCUGGCAGUGCUCAUUUCCAUGAUGCGGCUUCAAGUCUUCAGCAGCUGGGAGCUUUUUCGUCAUCUACAUCCUUGACUAGUUUCAUUAUACCUCCUCAAAAUGGACAGGAAGCUGUUCCCUCUCAACUCAGUCAACAGUAUCAGGUGGAAGUGCCCCACAGCAAUGAGAAAGGAUAUGGAGUAGUUCAGGGAACAGAUCCCUCUGUUCUAUAUAGUUCUAAGGCAUUCCAACAACCUAAUAAUCUUAUUCCUUCAUCCAACCAAGUUUCCAAUGCUGCUUCACAGCAACACAUGAAUUCAGAGCCCCCAAAUCAGCAACUUCAAACUGCUGGCCAGGGAAUCUCUGAAUUGGAGGCUGAUAAGAACCAGAGGUACCACUCAACACUACAGUUUGCUGCAAACCUUCUCUUCCAAAUACAGCAACAGCAAACCCAAGGAGAGCAUGGACCUGGAAAUCAACAAUAAGAAUUGUUUUUCUUUUGCCCCGUAAUCUGUUAAUAGUCCCUGGAAUGCUGCUUGUUAAGUGUACAUGUUCCUCCAUCAUCUUGGAUAUCUUCUAGAGUUGCUACAUUCCUCUCACUAACAUUUGGAAAAUCUUAUUCAGGUAUGUUAAGAAAAUUGGCUACCUCAUUGCACAGUGCUUUAAAUUUUUGUUCAUGGAAGUCAUGUAUGCUGUUUAUGGUAAAUUACAGUUCAUGGAAACCAUAUCUGUAGUUCUAUAUUCUGUAUGAAAAAUGGUGUAGGUUCUGUUUCAUUCUUGUUAUAUGUGUGUGUAUUAUUAUGUGCAAUAGUUUUUCAUGUUGUUUUAUUAAAUAUUUAAACCUAGGACACAAUUUCUUGUAGUAGAAGUCUGUAUUUUUUAUUUUAAUAUUUUUUUCUGCAAGAGUCUAAGGAAAUACAUCAAGAUGGGUCCUGGAUUUGUGGGAAUGAUUCAAUUCAAUGAUUGAUGUUAUAGUUAUGCUUAUUAGUUUUCACUUUUUCUUCAAUUCGGUGUGGCAUUGUGUUAGGUUAGAUGUAAUUGAUUUUGUAAAUUUCUGUUAAAUUGUCAUCAAUGGGAAGGGGGCUGUCUGGUGGGCGUUAGUUACUUUUAGGGGUUAUUAGGAACUCUGUUGGGAGUAUUAAUAAUGCUCCCACCAUAAUAUUUGUUCAGUACAGUCCUUAGUACAUUCCUUGGUAGAACAAUGCCAGUAAGUGACCUAGUUUCAUAUAUGGUUUCAUACGUAUAUAGAUACAUCAACUGUGUAACAGUUACCAUACUACAAAUCUUAGAGUGCUUGCGUAAUGAUUCAGACAAAUCAAGUAAAUACCUCAUUUGUAGUAGACCUCUCUGUUUAUUUCUGAACAGUUGCAUUAAAUGUAUCCAUUAUUAUUUAUUUCUGAUUUGUUUAAAUUAGUUGUCUUUAAAUUCUCUAACAUAUGCCAGAUUCGUUUUCUCUGUUUCCAGUGUUUUUCAGAAUGUUUGUGUUUAUUUUUUUAAUUGCGUGGAUACAAAAUUGUAACAAAAUACGGCAUAAUAAUUAAGUUUUGAAUAUCACUACGCUGCAAUUGCACGAUGA